CUUUGCACAUCUCUUUAGCCAUGAAAUUUUUAUCUUUUUGACACAAAAUCAAAAAAAUUCAUACAAGUCUUACACCAAAAACCCAAAACAACUGCAAGCCACAUACGAAGCUGAUUUUAGCCAGGGAGCAGAAUGGGAGCCAACGAAUCGCAUCCAGUUCAGGGGGGAGCAACUGCUCCGCAGCAGCAGGAGCCAUCGCCGGAAGCCAAAGCUUCGCCAAAGGCGGAACCAGAAUCGGAGGCAAAGACCACUCUGCCGAAUCAGCAGGAACACCACAAGGAGCCACACUUGGUGGCCAAUGGAUAUCCCAAGCUAGUGAGGCGUCGAUCGAAGGCGGGCAACCUGAUGACCGCCAUCGAGGAUAUUCAGCGACUCCCCACGGAGGCCAUCUACCAGGAGUUUGACCGUCUGCUAAUCCACGCCCAGGGCCAGAUCAAGAAGGUGGCCGAGAUGCCCUGCGUGAGUCUGGCCAAUCGGCUGAAGGACUGCCUAUAUCAAAAUCGCCAGCGCUCCUGCGAGUGCUUUCCGGCCAUGGAGCAGUACCGCCAGUGCGUCCUCCGGGCCAGCCAAGAGCGCGUGGACGACAUGUCGGCCACGGAGCCCGUUAUGAUCCCAGUGGUGCCGCCGCAGCCAGUGCCACGUCCCGCUAAGCCGCCGCAACAGCAGCGUUCGCAGCGCAGCUGGUGGCGGCCCUGGACCUGGUUUAAGUAGGAUUUUUAUACCGGUUUUUCCGGACUCCUCCCAUAAACAAGCCGAAACCGAAACCGAACCAUCAACAGCGGAGGCCUUCGCUAGAGCGGCCUCAGACCGAAUAAAGAAAUGGCUUUAUAUUAAUUAAAAGCA